GGCAGAUCCUUCACGCAUCCAAUAAUCUCCAAUGCGUCACCCCUUUCAAUGCAUCUUGCACGCCCGAGACCCCACCGAUGUUGCAAGUGAAGGCUUCGUGGUCGUCGCCUGCGGACCAAAGCUGGUCUCGGUGAGCUUGGCCUCCAACGAGCUCAUCUCCGAGUGGCCGCAGACUCCACAAGUAGGUGACGGCGAGAGUGACUUCAAACGUGAGAAGUCCGCUCUGGCGCCGGUGAUUAGUGAAGUGGAUAAUGGAGAACGACCAUCGAAGAAACAAAAGACGAGCCACGAUGCUCCCAAGCUACCGCCCCAAUCACCCAAUGUGAUCAAGCUCAUCGCCACCCCCAAUAGCCGCAAUGUGGUGGCUGUGACUGAUGACAAGUGCAUCCGAGUCUUCGAGGCGCCAGAAGGACGACUGACCGAACUCAGCUCGCGGCCCAUGCCAAAGCGACCAUGCGCUGUGCAGGUUCUGCCGGACAACGCGACCAUUCUUGUGGGCGACAAGUUUGGCGAUGUAUACUCCUUGCCACUCAUAGCGGCAACGAUUGACGAUGUGCAACCGGAAGGACGAGAGACGGAGCCACCCGCAAAUACGCCUUUUAAGCCGUCCGCGAGCGAAGCCACAGUUCACAGCCAGCGCAAUCGACAAGCGCUGGCUGCACAAAUGAAUCAGAAGAACUUCACGCCAAAGAAAGAGGUUCUGAAUUUCGAGCAUCGGCUGGAGCUGGGUCAUGUGUCCAUGCUUACAGACCUCAAGUUCUUGACUCGUGAAGUAGAGGGCAAGCAGCGAGGGUAUAUUGUCACCGCAGACCGAGAUGAACAUAUCCGGAUCUCGAGGGCUCCCCCUCAAGCUCACAUCAUCGAAGGUUAUCUUCUGGGACACAAAGAGUUCGUGAACCGAAUCUCCCGAGUUGGCCACAGCGAUCUUCUCGUCAGCGGAGGAGGCGAUGAUUGGUUGGGAAUCUGGAAUUGGCAGACCUUCCAGCUGAUGAAGAAAUUCGACUUUAAAAGUUUGGUGAAAGAGGUGGUCAAGGAUUCCGAAGCAAAGAUUGCAGUGUCCGGAAUCUGGAGUUUUGACGUACAAACCAGCUACGGAACCGACUGUGUCAUUGCUGUUGCUUGCGAGAGAGUCUCGGCUCUUUUCUUCAUCUCGAGAGCAGCGUUGGAACAAGCCCCGCCAAAGUCGUCCGAUGAGUCCUCACCCUACAGCAAAAUGGCCUCCACUACGGUGCCAUUACCAGCCGCGCCGCUGGACGUUGCCGCAAUCGGAGACCAGCUACUAGUGUCUGUGGAUGUUCGCAUUGAUGGCUCGAAACGACUGGGUUCGGUGGUGAUUGGUGUAGACGACAGUCCUGAAGUUCCCGUCCGAUGCAGUGCUUGGCAGCCCGUUGCGGAGAGCUUCGACUUGAAUCUAGUCAAUGAGCAUCCUUCACUGGUGACAGAGUCGAACGAUCAGGAAUUGGAUGCUUUUCUGUAUACCGUGGCAAACCUGAGGAAGCGGAGAGAUGAGGAACAGCAGGACGCUGCCGCCGAAGAAGAGUAGUGAUAGUGACAUUACUCGCAGUCGUAGAGAACGAUGAAAAAGUAAACCUCUGCAUUUGACCUGCCAAUAGCACAACCCGCAGAAUGUCCUCACGAGGUAUCUUUACAGACAUGAUAAUAGAGGAGAGUAUGAUGCUGCAACGGAAACCAGAUAAUGGCCGAGAAACUUGACAAGACUGGAGAAACACUCAUUAUUAGGUACGUUGAUAUGCAAACAAAAUCAAUCCCCAAUCCAACGCCUGCGCUUGGGUAUCUACUACGAAGAGUUCCAAACCAACAAAACGCUACCAAUAUCCACAUGACGAAAAAGAAAAAAAAUCUCUCUUACCCACCACCACCACCAAC